GUUCGUACUGCAGGAACCGUAGGCAAGCCCACUGCAGAGGGCUAGCGAACCGGGACGUGGUACAACACCUAAAGCGAAACGUCCAAAAUCUUCCCGCCGACGAAGAAGAUCGAAUAUCCUUUCCGUAUAUGCAAAAAUACUGACGGUUAGAGAGAGAAAUCGUCAGCAAUUAUGGUUUUAGAGAGAGAAAUGGAGGAGGAAGAGGAUGAGGAGGAGGCAAUGCUGAAAAAGCAGGAAGAAGAGGAAGCAGAAGGCGAGAAUAAUAGUAAGGAUAUGCCGCCGCCGCCGCCGUGGAGUCGGAAAAUGAUGGUGGAGGAGGUGGCGAGGAAGCUGAACAGUGGGGAUCUGAGGGCGAAAAUGGAGGCGGCGAUAGACGUGAGGGGGCUGGUCAGAAAGUCCUCCAGUUCCAAUUCGAAGUCCGCAGUGCGCUGCCGCUUCGCCGCCGCCGGAGUUAUUGAGCCGCUCGUUUCGAUGCUUCACAGCUCAUUUCCUCUCGUAGCUCGUGAGGCUGCGCUUCUUGCGCUUCUCAAUCUGGCUGCUCGGAAUCAGAGAAACAAGAUCAAGAUAGUUACUGCUGGUGCUGUUCCUCCUCUUGUGGAACUCCUCAAAUAUCCAAAUGGCAAUCUGAGAGAAUUAGCAGCUGCUGCAGUUCUGUCACUGUCAUCUGCUGCAUCUAAUAAGCCAACUAUUGCUGCUUCAGGCGCUGCACUUCUGCUGGUGCAGGUCCUAUGCUCUGGAAGCGUUCAAGGAAGAGUUGAUGCUGUCACCGCCCUUUACAAUCUUUCAACCUGCGAAGAGGAGCCUAAGCUGGUUCUUGAUGCUAAAGCAGUGCCUCCUCUAAUUGACCUCCUGAAAGAAUGCAAGAAGUACUCCAAGUUUGCUGAGAAAACUACUUUCCUACUUGAGAUCUUUUCUGGUUCUGAGGAAGGAAGACAUGCAAUUACGAAUGUGAAUGGUGGAAUUCUAGCUUUAGUGGAAACUGUAGAAGAUGGAUCUUCUAUCAGCAUGUCUCAUGCAGUUGGAGCUUUGCUGUCCUUGUGUCAGAGCUCUCGAGAUAAAUACAGGGACCUUAUCCUUAAAGAAGGUGCAAUACCAGGCCUUUUGCGGCUGACUGCAGAGGGUACUCCUGCAGCGCAGGAUAGAGCUCGGACUCUCUUGGAUUUGCUUCGGAACUCCUCUCCCGAGAAAAGAUUGACAUCCUCUGAAUUGGAGAGGAUUGUUUACGACUUUGCUGCACACGUUGAUGGGACUGAUAAGGCUGCAGAAACUGCAAAGAGACUAUUACAUGACAUGGUUCAAAAGAGUAUGGAGGUCAGCUUAAGCCGAAUAAAGCUUAGAACUUCACCUUCUACACCUGCAAUGGUUCAGUAUACAUGAAGAAUCAAAAGCUUUCCAACAUCAAAGUACAUAGUAGACGAAACAAGUAAAGGACGAGCUCUUGAGGAUGUGUUACAUGUUUUUCAACUCGUGUAGCUUCCGCGAGAUCGAAAUCAUGCAUGGAUGUUGCUGCAUAGAUCUGGCACAGAAAUAAACAUCUUGAGUUAGCUAAUGCUUCUGCAUAUCUGCGAGGUGAUUUUUCAUGACCUUACUCAGAAUUUACGAUUUCAACCAUGGCCCCAUACUCCUGUGUGAAUGCUGUUACUUGUAUAUUUUUCUUAGUUACAGUCAGUAGAAUUACAAACUAUGCUCAUGUAAUGGUAAUUUAGCUUUAGCCCCUGUGCUCAAAUGACAUAUUGCCUACUUAGCCGUCGUCUCCGAGCAGGAAGCUUACCACUAAUUUCAGUCCUUACAAGGUGAUUUUUGUGACCUUAAUGCGAUCAAGCAAGUGAGAAAGUUAACUUAUUCGCCAUAACUUGUGCAGUAGAGGAGUGGUGUUAACAUUUUAGCUUCUAUCUAAGGUUUCAACGGUUGCUUUCCA